AUGCAAGCAGUAGCAAAUCCAGGAAUCUUGAAAGGGACAGGGACAGUUUGGGGAACAUUUAGUAGAAGGCGUCCUAAUAAAUAUUUAAGAUCUUAUAAGCCAGUAACAGCAACCCCAUCUUGUUUUCCAGAAAGAACAGUAGAAACUGCAUCAAAGGCUGAUAAACACCCAACAGCUACUGAUGGACAGCAUGAAUUUGACCAAGAGUCAUCUGCAACUGUUAAGGCACCAGAGAACAAUGGCCAUGAUUAUUUGAAAAUACUUUCUGAUGAAAAGAGGCACUAUCUUCCAUCGGCUCAUACAUUCCAAAGGAGAGUGUCUGAGAGAGGAACGAAAGGCAACUCUAGAUGGAUAUUGGAGAGGAAGGUCCAUAUUUUUGCUGAUUUCACUUCAAAGACCCAAAUUUCUGUGCUGUUCAAAGAGAUUCUAAAAUAUACCUUGAAAUGGUACCGAAAAAAUAAUCAGUUGUUCAAUUUUUGCACGGGCUUGGAUCUUCAGGUUUUCAAUGCAUUUUUUACAUAUCUACAAGAAAAAGCUUCUUCCAUGCAGUAUUUCCAUGAUGAAAGAACAACAUAAGUCCAAACAUUUAAUCUGGAUGGCUAAGAUGUCAAGAAAAAGCCUGGCAUUACUAGACAAUUCAGUCUGCAACAGGAAUAAUGAAUUGAAGCUUAUAGUGAAGCGAUUUUCAUUCUCUGUCUUAAAAAUAUAAAAGUAAUUUAACUAACAGAUAUUAAAAAAAAUUAUGGUUAAAACAAAGCAAAAUCGUCU